UUACCUUAACCCUUAUCAAACCCUAACAUUUUCAAUUUCAAUGGGGGUAACGUCAGAGUUGGGACGCCCCAAUGAUCCAAAAUAGCAAUGAACCUUAUGUUGCCAUGCCUGUGUUUGAACGUAAAGCAACUCGUCCGACCUGCAAGUGAAGUGAUUAGUAAAGGCCUAAGCUUAAUAUACAUUUAUAGACGAUGAAAGUAGGAAUAUCACAACACACCUUGAACUUAUAGUCAGUAUUAUUAAGCCGUUUUCACGAUGAUCAUAGAAAAUGUGGAAGCUUUGAAGUCGUGGCUCGCAAAACUCCUGGAGCCAAUAUGUGAUGCUGACCCCUCUGCUUUAGCCAAUUAUGUUGUGGCUUUGGUAAAGAAGGACAAACCUGAGAAAGAGCUAAAAGCACUUUGUGCAGAUCAACUGGAUGUCUUCUUACAAAAAGAAACCACUGGAUUUGUUGAUAAGCUCUUUGAAUGUUUGACCACCAAAAACUACUUGGGUAAUCCACUUGCUAAGGAAGUUCCCAAAGAGGACACCAAACUCCCUGUACUAAAACAGGAGGCUGUGGAGGUUGAAAAUGUAGAAGAGGAUAGGGGGGAUAACAGGAGGAGAAGAAGUCCACUGAGAAACCGCUCUGACUUCAACGAGUCAAGGGGCCGUGAUGACCGCAGACGAGACGACCGCAAGCGGCGUGACAUGGACCGUCACGGUAAAAGCACAGAUUCCCACCGCGAUAGGCAUGACCGGCGCGGAGGCAACUCUCGUGGGCGCAGCUACAGCCGCAGCAGGAGCCGCAGCCGAAGUGGGAGCCGAGACAUGAGCAGGGACAAGGAGCACAGCAGAGGGAGAGAUUACAGGUCAAAGUUUGAAGUGGAGAGGAAGGAGCCUGAGAGUUUCAACUCCACCUCUGGGUCCCUGGGUACCCAACAACAGCAGCAACACCAGCAUCCGCCACCUCUCCUGCCAACCCCCCAGCAGCACCCGUUCCCCUCCUCUGCUGGCCAAGCUGUCCCCAGCUCUGUUACCGUGGUAGCGCCCGCUCACCUGCCCGACAGCACCACGGAGAGCUGGUCUAAUUACUACUCCAAUCACAGGGAGGGCAAGUUGUUCAACAAGAGCACUUCAGUCAAGCACCGCUGUCGCGACUACGACGAGAAAGGUUUCUGUGUGCGUGGUGACCUCUGUCCCUUUGACCACGGCAAUGAUCCUCUGAUUGUGGACGACGUCACGCUGCCCGCUAUGAUCCCGUUUCCCCCACCUGGAAUGCCACCGCCGGCCCGGAUGGCCAUGCCACCCAUGACCGAGCCGCCCCCUGCCAUCAGGAUGCCCAUGCCCCCCCACGGCCAGCCGCCCCCACCGGGCAUCUUCCCUAUGCCUCCUCCUGGGCCCCCAUUAAUACCAGCAAGUGGGAUAGAUACUCCCAACAACUCAGGAGCGAGUUCUGCCUCCUCUCUGGGACUGCCUGGAGUGGGACCUCUACCUCCUCUUCCUCCACCACCUCCAUCUUCUUCAGUCUCUCUACACCCCCAAUAUUCUCAGUCAGAAUAUAAUUACGACCCAGAGGCCUACAACCCAGAGUCUCCAGGCAUCACUGCAGCCAGCCGGCCCCAGUACAGGCAGUUCAUCCCCCGCAUCCAGACCCAGAGACCCAACCUGAUUGGCCUCACUUCUGGAGAUGGCCAGGGAUCCAGAGGUAUCACAUCUAACAUAGUGAUCCAGACAGAGCCGGCAGUGGCAAGUGUUCCCAGCAGUGUGUCCCGCUACAGCAGCACCGAGCAGGAGAGCAGGAAGAGGCCCAUGGGGCCCACAGAGGGCCAGCUGCCCAAAAAGCCCUGGAUGGACAAGUCAAACUACCAGGCCAACAACCAACUCAACUUCCCCAACAACAAGCCCCAACACGGGGGCUUCCCCAAGAAGAAUCACUAUGUCAACACUAAGCUGGAAGUGCGCAAAAUCCCCCGAGAUCUCAACAACAUCACCAAAUUGAAUGAACACUUUAGCAAGUUUGGUACCAUCGUGAAUAUUCAGGUGGUGUUUGGUGGUGACCCAGAGGCAGCUUUGAUCCAGUACACAGCCAACGAAGAGGCACGGCGAGCCAUCUCCAGCAUUGAGGCGGUGCUCAACAACCGCUUCAUCCGUGUGUACUGGCACCGAGAGGCCAACACCCAGCAGCAGGGACAGAGCAUGGGUCAGGGUCAGGGGGACGGACCGAGCCAGAGCUCUGCCAUGGGGCAACAGCAACCCAACGUCCACAAGCAGGUGAUAAAGCAGCACAGUCCCGGGGCCUAUGUGCUGAAUAAUAAGACGGUGCCCAAACAUUGCCACGGUGUUGGGGCUGUGGCCGGGGGAAAACUGGACUCCCUGCACCCCAGCACGGACACUGCAGCAGCACUCCUCGCCUCCUCUGGGGCCCUUCAGAAGGGACCCUACAUGUCCACAGUCCUCAAGGCAACAUCCAAGUCACUUGGUAAAACUGCCAAAGCACUUGAAGAACUGGAGGUCUUGAAAAAGAAGCAGGAGACAUUGAAGUUGCAACAGGACAUGAGGAAAAAAAAACAGGAGAUGCUUGAGAAACAGAUUGAAUGCCAGAAGGCUCUAAUAAACAGACUUGAAAAGAACCGGGCCACAUUGAAGCCAGAGGAGAGGGCCAACCUUAUGAAGACUCUGAAGGAUCUGACUGACAAGAUCUCCCAGCUCCAGAACGAGAUGAACCCAGCCUCCCACUCCACGGCCCAGUCCAAGACCAAGAUAGAUAAACAAAAGGAGCUUCUGGAUGCAGAGCUUGAUUUCCACAAGAAGAUGAGUUCUGGAGAGGACACGACAGACCUGAAGCAGAAACUGGGUCAGCUGCAGGUUGAGGCCACGUGGUUGGGCUUGAUACCGACCGGGCGGGGAAAGGUAGACGAUCCAAUAGGCGUCAGGGGCAGGGGCCGAGGCCGGGGCAGGGGCAGGGGACGGGGACACAGAGGAGGAGGAAGAGGAGGGGGCAAUCACAUGGUGGUGGACCACAGGCCCCGGGCCAUUGCCAUCAUGGGAGUCACACAGGAAGAGAAGGAGGAGCUGCUGCCUCACUUUGUGAAAUUUGGUGAGAUACAGGAGCUUCAUGAUCAGGAUGCCACCAGCGUUGUCAUAACGUUCAAGACCCGGAGUGAAGCAGAGAAUGCUGCAAACCAAGGAGCAAAGUUCAAAGGUCGCGUUCUACAGAUUUCAUGGCACAAGCCGAAGACUCCAUCCAUGUCCACAGAGCCUGAAGAGGAGAGGUUGAAGGAUGAGGCCAAUAAGGAGGAAGUCAGCCCCUACCUGCUUAUGGAGGAAGACGACGAUGAGGAUGACGAGUACGAGAGUCGUUCAUGGAGGCGAUGAAUGCAAUACGAACGUCACACUUUUUAGUGGGAAUUACUUUAUUUUUUAAAAACAAAUUCAAGCCGAUUUGACGAAAUCACUUGGUUUUUCUUUUGUUGCAAUUUCCAGUAUUUUGAGACUGAAGAAUGAAACACAUGAGAGAAAGCAGUUCCUUUAAUGAUACGUUUGAAGCUUGAAAAGGCAGACUGUUUUGUCUCUUCAAACAUCUGAAUAAUUAUUAAAAUCUCACUUUUUCUGAGAAAAAAAUCUAAACUGUUAUAAAUAGAUGUAUGUUUCGAUGUGGUUACUAGAUAAUCGGUAACACACAACAUUUGUGACUACUGUGAAUAGCUAGUUAUUUUUAUAUAUAUUUAAGCUAUGGUUUCCUUCGCUCCCUUGUUUGGCUAAUGUUGUCUAUAAUUUCGAGGCACAAAGGUCCUCAGUCCAGGGACGGCCACACCCUCACAGAUCUCACCGUCUCGGUCUACAGCAGAGGUCACUAAGUUUACAGUCCCCUGUUGAAAAGCCCUUGCAAAAUUAGAUACAACCUCCGUCUUGAAUUUCGAGAUACAAUUGAUAUUCCCCUGAGUAUUUUGCUGUCGACUAAAUGUGUGGUGCCACUUUAUGUACAUAUGAACACCAAGACUGUUACGCACUUUUGAGAUGGUGUGUAACAACUGUUUUCCCCUUCCCUUAGUCAUCUGAAAGCCAAAGACAUAUUUGGAUGAGGAGCUAGUCAUUCAUUGUCAAACGUGUUGGAUUUCUGUAGACAAUGUUGUUUGAAUGUAUACUGAACAUUUGAUUUGUAUCUCUAAUUUUGCCUUACGUAAUCAGCAGAGGGCUGACUUUUUAUGAGAUGAGUGAUUUUCUUCUGUAAAUGUUGUAAAUGUUUGCAAUAGGAUUUACUUUGAUACUCCCCCAUUUUUAAUUAGUCAUUUGAAUGAAUGUGGACAUUGUCAGGAAAAGAGGUCCCACUUACUCUGCUUAUUUAACAUAGGUUUGUGUUUAAACCAACCCUUGUGGCGUCACUUCACAUAACAUCAAAGACACAUUCAUACCAACUCAUCUCUGCCAGGAUUCAUCAAGGGAAAAUGCAUGGUUUUGACAGAGUUGUCAAAUAACCAGUCAGUUGUUACAGAUUGGUAAUGUUUCCAUGCACAGAUUCGGAUCUUAAUUUACAUACAUCAGCAGUUAAUCCAUUUCCACAUAAGUGAGGCACCUAAUGUUAAUGAGUGAGGAUCCCCCCCAUACCGCCCUGCAAGUGGAGAAACGUUGGUGGCUCUGAAUGUGUUAACUAACAUCAACUCUUGUAUAAUUGAUGAAAAACAAAAGCUAUAUUUCCAUUCUGUAUUUACAUUUAUUCAAGAGAGGGAGAGCUUAAAUUCUUUAGAGAUGCCCCUGAAGUAUAGAUAUUGAACCCUAUAGCGUGUUAUGCUUUCAUAUUUGGCCAGGACCAACCACCCUGUUGUAACUCAAGACUAAACCAUUGGAUUCAAUAUAAGCGCUGAAAACGGUUUAUGUUGCCGUAGCCCCUGUAAGAUUUUGACCCUUGUUCAUUUUGCAGUCUUCUUGGGGAAAGUUAGAUUAGAGUAACAGGAAAGUAAAGACUCCUCUCUAGACUUUGACUUGUCCUAUCAGUGUGAGGCUUGGCGAUAACUUUAUCAGCAUGACAAUUUUAGAUCAGUUAGGUCACAACAUGUUUCUUUUUGGAGAUCAAUAAAAAGCCCAUUGGAAUGUGAGAAAGGGAUGCCAGUCAGACUCCAGAACAGGGCUCCCCAACCCUGUUCGUGAAGAGCGACCCUCCUGUAGGAUUUCACUCCAAUCCCAGCUGUAACACCUGAUUCCGCUUAUCAACCAGCUGAUUAUUAGAUUUGGGUUUGAUUAAGGUAGGAGUGAGAACCUACAGGAUGGUAGCUCUCCGGGAAAAGGGUUGGAGAACCCUGCUCUAGAAGGACAAUUGCAGAGAAUAAGAAAUUGUAGUUUAUCACUGCACAGUACCCUUCUUGUUUGCUAUGUGCUUUUCCUGUUUGGAUUGCAUAUUUCACAGCAACAUAUGAACAGCCCUUUGCUUGAUAACUUCAGUAGGAGAAAUCUAAUGGCAGGACUAUAACUUCAGUGAGAUUUCAGAAAUUGCUUUGAGGAUUUUCUCCCAAUGUUUGUACUACCUUGUGGACGCUACUAUGACAUGGUAGUUAGUGUAAAAUGUAAAACACUUAUUGGAAGAAUAUUUUUUUGGAUUUGUUAUUGUUUAUAUUUUCAGGAAGUGUAUGUAUUUUUGAUUUAUUCUGUUUGUAAAAUGGAUUUCUAACUCACUAGCAUGUUUGCUUUUACCAAUAAACAUGGAGGAAUGGUGUUAGGAACAAAAUACAUUUAAAUAAACAACUUGAAUUAGACAAGUAAAAAAAAAAAUAUAUAUUACCGUUAAAAUUUCAACAUUGCGAAGAUGCGAGAGAAACCAUUCCCAAAAAAUAUUACCUUUAAAA